AUGGUGAAUCCGAUGCAGGGCGGCGCGCACCGCGGCGCACCACACCGGCCGCGUGGGGUGCUGUACCUCCUUGCGGACGAUCUGAGGCCCGAGUUCGGCUUCACGACGCGAGGCAAAAUGCUGACGCCAAACAUUGACGGUCUCGUGGCGCAGGCUGCCGUCUUCAGCCGCGCCUACUGCCAGGUCGCGCUGUGCAUCCCGAGCCGCGCUAGCUUCCUCACGGGCCGUCGUCCACGCGCACACUGGGGCGAGGCGAGCGCUAAGGACGUGCUCCGCUCGCAACCCACGAUCGUCAGCACGCUGCGCGAUGCGGGUUACAAUACAGCAGGAAUUGGAAAGAUCAGCCACUUUGGCGAGAGCGGGCUGGGCUACACGCUGCCGUUUCCGACACACUCAGCGCCACUCCUGGAGCGCACGUGCUUCACUCGCAGCGACGCCAAGAAUGUGCGGAGAUUGCGAUAUGCCAUCUCCGCAAAGAUCGACUAUUAUUCGACGAUGGCGACGUGCGAUCUGCCGUGGGGCGGCUUUCCCGAUCAGCGCGUCGUCAACGGCGCGACACUGUACCUAAAGAAGCUUGCCGCGUGCAGGGGCGCGCACAGCUUGCCGCAGACUCAACGCGAGCUAUGUCGCGGUUGGGGGAUCCAGGUGGGCGCGCCCUUCUUGGUGAUGGUUGGCUUCAUGCGCCCGCACAAUCCGAUCCACUAUCCGCCGGCCUUCCUCGACAUGCAGCCCAAAGCGUCAACGAGGCCUGAGGAGCGUGUCGCGGGUGCGCCGUUCGAAUACCACAUUGCGCGGCCGCCGACGUCCCUAGGCGGCCCCGUCAAGGAGCAAGACACACUCGAUGAGAUGCGGAGGCACUAUCGUGGGGCGGUCAGCUAUGUCGACCAUCUCAUCGGUGUGCUGCUGUCGAAUCUGCGAAAGCAACACCUGUGGAACGACACGAUCGUCGUCCUGCACAGCGACCACAGCUUCUCGCUCGGCGAGAAUGCAGCCUGGCAGAAGCUCACCGCCUUUGAGCACGCGUUGCGGGUGCCACUGAUCAUGCGCGUGCCCUGGAUGCCUAAGGCCCGUGGACGCCGCGUGGAUGAUGUCGUCGAGCUGAUCGACGUGAUGCCGACACUGCUCGACGCGCUUGGCGUACAGCCCUCUGCGCGCUCACCGUCGGCCUCGCCCGCGCCAACGCUCGACGGGAAGACGCUGCUGCCGCUGAUGCGGGGCCAGGCGCGGGCGUGCCGCGAGCCGCUUCGCGCCUACUCCCAAGCCUUCCAUUCCGGCCGGAUGGCGUACAGCGUGCGAACGGAGCACUAUCGGUACACGCGCUGGGUGGAGUGGGCGCCGGCAGAGGACUGGUGGAGGGCUGCCUCCAAGCCAGCACUGAGCUGUGAGCUGUUCAACCAUACGACAGACCGCUCCGACACAGUGAGCGGCGCCUUCGAGGCGCAUAAUCUCGCCUCGGGGGGCUCGGCGAGUCGAUCGGAGGAGGUGGAGCGCGUCGCCGCGUUCCUCGAUGCGCAGCUGCAAGGGCUCUCGCGACCGUAUGCCGACGCAUGUGACUAA